AUGAGUUGGAUGCUCUCCAUCUGGGUGGCGACGGCCCUGCUGGCUCUGUGUGGGGGACAAGACGCUCUGCAUGAAGGAAAUAGCUUGUCUGCGUCUGGCUAUCAUCUGUGUAUUCACAAUGAGACUAGGAAUGUGAGUUUCCUGGUGAUGCAUACGGUCCCCUAUACUGUGACAAAGCCUUGUGGCGGCUGGCUCCUCUGGAAGACAUGUACAGUCACACUUUACAGGAUGACCUAUCAGACCGAGUACAAGACAAUGAUGGAGCAGGUGACCGGAUGCUGCACAGGAUACGUGCAAGUCGGCCAUUACUGUGCCCUGCCUGUAAGCAGGAGUGUUGAGUUCACUGCCAAGCCCGGAUCCUGUCCAUCUGCAGAUGGAUUGUGUCCCAGAUCUGAGGACUGUGAGUGGGACAUGGACUGCCCAGGCUGGCAGAAAUGCUGCCAGAGAUCGGGUCGCUCUCUCUGCUGUGAUCCUGCAAGCUCAACAAGUUAUUCUGAGAAUGGAGGAUACCGUUUUAAUGCAACAGUGACAGUGAAGACAGAUUACGACGAACUGAUGUCCAAUGAUAGAGGACAUCUGGAUCACACACGAUUGCUACAAGCAAUGGUGACUGGAGCUCUGCAGUCUGAUGUUUCAGUUUAUUACCUCAGCUCACAGCCUGUGCAUCCCUACAGAACUGCCACUUCACUACUGAUUGACUGCAACGUUACUCUUUCACUGUACAAUGUCACGUCAAAGCUGCAUCGUCUCCUCAAACACAUACUGGAGGUGUCCUCUGUAACCGUGGAAGAUGUGGAUGAGUGUGAACAGUCUGCUCUCCGUCAGUGCUCCCCUGAGGCCCACUGUAACAACACAGUGGGCUCCUACCAUUGUGCCUGCCACCAAGGAUAUAUUGAUGUUGACCCCAACAACCCUGGAGCCCAUUGCACAGCUGACGUCAGGAUGGCGACCACCCCAGAGCCCUUGCUUACCUACCUUCCACCCACGAACACAAGCUACACCACAGCUUUCAACAGCACACAGGACCCACUGGGCAACCGCACCAUGGGUGUCUUCAACUCCACUGGGACCAGCGUGACUACAGCUCUGAGUAAUACCAGCCCCGUCCCUUAUAAUUCAUCAGCUGCUGCGCAGUGGACAGGUGCUGCACCACAUAGCAGCAUGAGCACAACUGUAGAGUCACCUCUGCCGACAACCACAUGCUCUCCUCCCAGCAUCACCAGCGUAUGGUCGGCUAACGUGACUGGAACCUCCUUCUGUGUCUACUGGUCCAGCCAGUUUCAGACACACCAGACUUACCAGGUUGUUCUAAGCAAGAGGUCAGAGGUCAUUCAUUCUUGGGAAACCAAUCAGACCAUGACGGAGCUGAGGGGACUUCAGCCUGGGGUGCUCUACAAUGUUACUGUCACCCCUCAGUCCUGCGAAAGCCAAGGAGUCGCACUUCGUAUAACGGUCAAGACUGAUGCUCAGACUCUUGAUGCCACAGCGCGACUUACCAACAUCCAGUUCACUGCUGAUCUGCAGAACACCAGCAGCCAGGCCUACGGAAUCCUCACUAAGGGUAUUAAAGAGGAGAUCUACCAGUCUCUGUCUCCCGAGAUGAAGGCCAUGGUGAAUUCAGGCCAGGUGAGAAUCGAGAUCACAAGUUUUUCCCCGGGAAGUGUGGUGGUCAACUUCACCAUCAUCUUUGCCCCCAGUCAAAGCCAAGACAUCAGUAAUGUGUCGACAGCUCUGCUGCAUUCCCUGAUUAACAGCACCAUAUACACUGUGGAUGAAAACAACACCAGAACAAAUGAUUUUGAUGAAUGUGCUUCAGGGGACAAUGACUGUUCCCAGUGGGCAACAUGUUCAAACAUCUGGGGCUCCUACUCAUGUGUUUGCCUGGAGCGAUAUAUAGACAACAACCCAGUAAGGCCUGGACGAGACUGUCAAGAAAUUGCGUCAACCUCUACUGCCCCAACAACCACCACUACUCUUCCUGCAACUUCUUUUACUGCCCCAACUCCCACCACUACUGCCCAAACAACCACCACUAGUCUUUCUGCAACUUCUUCUACUGCCCCAACAACCACCAAUACUGCCCCAACAACCACCACUGCUACUCAUACAGCUUCUUCUACUGCCCCAACAACCACCGAUACUGCCCCAACAACCACCACUGCUACUCAUACAGCUUCUUCUACUGCCCCAACAACCACCGAUACUGCCCCAACAACCACCACUGCUACUCAUACAGCUUCUUCUAGCCCCACUUCUUCUACUGCCCCAACAACCACCGAUACUGCCCCAACAACCACCACUGCUACUCAUACAGCUUCUUCUACUGCCCCAACAACCACCGAUACUGCCCCAACAACCACCACUGCUACUCAUACAGCUUCUUCUACUGCCCCAACAACCACCGAUACUGCCCCAACAACCACCACUGCUACUCAUACAGCUUCUUCUACUGCCCCAACAACCACCGAUACUGCCCCAACAACCACCACUGCUACUCCUUUAACUUCUUUUACUGCCCCAACAACCACUGCCCCUACAACCAUCACUACUGCAAUGAUAUCCAUGACUACUACCCCUACAACCACCGCUACCGUCCCCACUACCAACAUGACAGCUCCUGCAACUAUCGUUAUUGCCCUGAGAACUGCCACCAAUGCCAUCUCUGUACAGUGCAGGGUUGCUGCCAUCACUGUGACAGUUGCCAGGGAUUUUCUUCUGAGUAACAAAAUCAGGGUAGACACCGUGUACUUGGGGUUGCCGGAAUGUGGCGUCAAUGGAGGCAAUGCUACCCAUGCCCAGCUGACCGUGGCCUGGGAUGAGUGCCUCACUAGGGUUGUGCAAAAUGAAACCUACUGCACAGCAUCUGUAACUCUGUUCAACACCAUGGAAAUGUACACGUGGUCACCCAAUGGGACAGGGGAGGUACCCAGAAUACGGUUGGAGGUUCCCAUCAUGUGUACCUACAUGAAGAACAUGCUUAUCUCUGUUGACUCCGGCUCCAUGGGGUAUGAUAUGAUCAAAGAUGUUAUCACGGGCUCGGGGUCAUUCCAGGUGACAGUGCAGCUGAUGAAUGGUACAAUGCCUCUACCCCACAACUCCAGCGUGUCCUCGGAGGAGGCUGUGGUGUUGGAGGUCAGCAUCAAACCCUCCUCAGAGCAGAUUAAAGUAGUCAUCAACAAAUGCUGGGCCACUCCCACCCGAAACCCUGCAGACCUCGACAGCCACACCUUCCUGGCAAACAGCUGUUCCCUGAACACAUACACCAAAGUGUUGAUGAACGGGAACUCCAGCACAUCACGCUUGUCCGUACAGAUAUUCCGCAUAGUCAACCUGAAUGUGAUCUAUCUGCACUGCCAGGUCCAGAUCUGUGUGCUGAUUGAAGCGCAUACCUGUGUGCCUGACUGUCUACAAAGAGCAGCUCGCUCUUCAAACAUAAUCGGAAGAGCUUUGGGUUCCUCCGGGCCUCUGCUGAGGUCAGGCGAAGAGGCCUUGGAGGAACACUAUACCACUCUUAACAUAGUUGGACUCUCCUGCCUGGGAGUUGGCCUGUCGCUCUUCUUCAUCAUUGGUUUCAUCUGCCUUUUCUUCUACCAGAGGAACCGCAUUGGACAUUACAACUUCAGCACCAAACCCAAGAAGGAGAACUUCUCCUACCUUGUCUUUAACACCUAGGGGUGCAGAAGCACCCACAACUAAAGUCACAGAAUUGGAAAUAUUGGAUAAAUUCUUGUAGCAGCAGGCACAUUUGGUCGGCUAUUACUGCCACUGAGCGGCACUGUUGCACCAUUCACAUAUUAUUUCUCACCAAACAUUAAACAAUAAAUAAAGUACAGAUUAUUUAUAUUUAUAUGAAACACCCCCCAACACGUAUUCAACCCUUGUGUUGUCCUUGGGUAAAAUUUGACUUGUUUUCAAUGUUUCUAAUAUCAGAAAUAUGGGUUUCUUUGAACCAAUAACAUGGAUGUAGGUUGUAUGGAAUCUAUACAACAUUUAAACAAAAAUAGUGA